AUGGGAAGCCCAUUCGGAAACUCCGGCAGUCUGACUGGCCCUGGUAGUUCGAUGGAAAGUUCGAGUCCAUAUGGCAGCUCAGGAAGCCCAUUCGGAAACUCAGGCAGUCUGACCGGCCCUGGCAGUUCGAUGGAAAGUUCGAGUCCAUAUGGCAGCUCCGGAAGCCCGUAUGGAAGCUCAGGCAGUCUGACCGGCCCUGGCAGUUCGAUGGAAAGUUCGAGUCCAUAUGGCAGCUCCGGAAGCCCGUAUGGAAGCUCAGGCAGUCUGACCGGCCCUGGCAGUUCGAUGGAAAGUUCGAGUCCAUACGGCAGCUCAGGAAGCCCGUAUGGAAGCUCGGAUAGUCCCACUGGCUCUGAUAGUCGAAUGGGAAGCUCGAUGGACAGUCCAUACGGUGGCUCAAGUGGCAUGGGGAGUUCAUUUGGAAGCGAAAACAGUAUGGGGGAACAGGGAAGCUCCAUGGAAAGUCCACCGAGUGUGAUUGAUUCGGGGAGCCAAGACAGCUAUGGUGGCAUGGGAAAUUCGGAUAGCUAUGGUGGCUCAGAUAGCUAUGGUGGCAUGGGGUACUAA